UUAAGAGCCCAGGUGUGGGUCAAGCAUUGCACAGUUUCAGUUUUGGCAGCAGCAUCCAGUGUCCUGCUGGCAACUUUUGGAAAACCCCAGGCUGUGGACCAGCCAGCAGGCUGUACCCCCGAAUCUGAGUUGCUGGGAGAGAAGAAAGUGGCUUAAACUUCCCACAAAGAAGUCGGCCUGGGUGGCACAGCCCCUUGAGAACCACAAGCCAUGGGGCUCCUCUUCCUCGCCUGCCUGCUGGCUGUCUUCCCAGUGGUCUCCAUGAAGAGUCCCAUAUUCGGUCCCCAGGAAGUGAGCAGUGUGGAAGGGCGCUCAGUAUCUAUCACGUGCUACUACCCAGACUCCUCCGUCAACCGGCAUACCCGGAAGUACUGGUGCCGACAGGGGGCCCAGGGCCGCUGCACGACCCUCGUCUCUUCAGAAGGCUACAUCUCCAGGGACUAUGAGGGCAGAGCCAACCUUACCAACUUCCCAGAGAGCAACACAUUUGUGGUGAACAUUGACCAUCUCACUCAGGGCGACUCUGGGCGUUACAAGUGUGGUCUGGGCAUUAACAGCCGAGGUCUGUCCUUUGAUGUGAACCUGGAGGUCCUCCGGGGUCCUGGGCUUCAAAAUGAUGUUGAGGUCUACGUUGCUGACUUGGGUGGAACAGUGACCAUCAACUGCCAUUACAAGCUUGAGAAUUCUGGGAAGAAGUCUCUGUGCAAGAUGAUAGGCCGAGUCUGUCCUCCAGUGAUUGACUCCUAUAACAAUGUGAACUCCAACUAUACAGGCAGAGCAGAGAUCAAUAUUCCGGGUACCAGCCAAUUAAUGUUCAGUGUCAUUAUCCAGCGAGUCCGGCUCAGCGAUGCUGGGAUGUACAGAUGCGAGGUUGGGGUUGGCUCCAGUGCUGAGAAGAGUUAUGCUGACCUCCAGGUGCUGAAGCCUCAGUCUGAACUGCUUUAUGGAGAUCUGAGGGGCUCCGUGACCUUUGACUGUGCCCUGGGCCCCGAGGUGAAAGAUACAGCCAGAUUCCUGUGCCGAAAACGCAACGGGAAAGACUGUGAUGUGGUCAUCAACACCCUGGGGCAGAAGGCUCAGGCUUUUGAGGGCAGGAUCCUGCUUAUUCCCGAGGAGAACGGCUCUUUCAGUGUGAGUAUCACCAACCUGAGGAAAGAAGAUGCCGGGGACUACCUGUGUGGAACCCACUCUGACGGUCAGCCUCACGAAGGCUACCCCACCCAGCCCUGGCAACUCUUUGUCAAUGAAGAGACCAUAAUGCCCCAGAUUCCCUCUGUGGUGAAAGGUGUGGUUGGUGGCUCUGUGGCAGUGCUCUGCCCCUACAACCCCAAGGAAGCAGACAGCCUGAAGUACUGGUGUCGCUGGGAAGACACUCAAAAUGGCCGCUGUCAGCCACUGGUGGAGAGUGCGGGGCUGGUUAAGAAGCAGUACAAUGGCAGGCUCACUCUGCACGAAGAGCCAGGCAAUGGCACCUACACGGUCAUACUCAACCAGCUCACCCCCGAGGAUGCUGGCUUCUACUGGUGUUUGACCAAUGGUGAUAAUCGCUGGAGGUACAUGGUGGAGCUCAAGAUUGUCGAAGGAGAACCAGGCCUCAAGGUACCCAAGAAUGCCGUUGGCCGGUUGGGGGAGACCUUCAAGCUCUCCUGUCACUUCCCAUGCAAAUACUACUCCUUCGAGAAAUACUGGUGCAAGUGGAGUGACAGAGGCUGCAAAACUCUGCCCAGCCAAGAUGAAGGGCCCAGCCAGGCCUUCGUGAACUGUGACCAGAAGAGCCAGAUCAUUUCCAUGACCCUGAACCCAGUCUCCAAGGCAGAUGAAGGCUGGUACUGGUGCGGGGUGAAGGAUGGGCCCCGAUACGGAGAGACCAUGGCUGUCUAUUUGUCAGUCGAGGAGAGGGUAAAGGGGUCCCAAGACAUCAGCCAAGUGGAUUCAGCUCCUGGUGAAGAAGUGGUAGAGUCGAGUGUCAGGGAAGUUGAGAGCAAAGUCAUUCAGAAUCCCAGGCUUUUUGUGGAUGACAAAACAGUGAAGGAUGUCGGAGACCCUGCAGAUGGGAGCAAAGGGUCCGUAGAUGCCAGCAGCUCUGCAGGACAAAGUGGGAGCUCCACAGUACUUGUCUCCACCCUGGUGCCCCUGGGCCUGGUGCUGGCAGUGGGGGCCGUGGUUGUGGCAGUGCUCAGGGCACGGCAUAGGAAGAACGUUGACCGGGUUUCAAUUAGAAGCUAUAGGACAGACAUCAGCAUGUCGGACUUUGAGAACUCCAAGGAUUUUGGUGCCAAUGACAACAUGGGGGCCUCGCCAGUCACUCAGGAGACAACGCUCGGAGGAAAAGAUGAGUGCGGCAUUGCCACCGAGAACACCGCAGAGACCGAAGAACCCAAGAAGGCAAAACGGUCCUCCAAGGAGGAAGCUGACAUGGCCUACACCGCCUUCUUGAUCCAGACCAACAACAUGGCUGCCAAAGUCCAGGAGGGCCCUGAGAAAGUCUAGGUGCCAGUGGCUCUCUCCGCUCCCACCACUCAUGACAAUCGCCUUCAAAAUCAUGUUGAUCCUCAGGGGACCUCGGCUCCAGGGCACUUCGAUGCGUGCACUCACAUCCUACUUUCCCUUCCUCAGAGGGUUUGCUGGUCCCUCCUCAGUGGUAUCCCAGCCUGGCCUAACUAUUCCUGGUGGGGUGGAGGGACAAAGAGGGGUCCCCUCUGCAGCUUAUUUUAAUGAAGGAACCCAAGAUGGUGAAGGAGAAUUAAGAUCUCAGAGGCACCUGUCAGAAAGAAGAGAGAUCCCGUGGGUGGGAGGAUCGUUUCAAAAAGGCAGCUUUUCCGCAUCCUUCUCCUGGUAUCCUCCAUGGAAUUCUCCUCUCCCCUUAACCCUUCCUUCUCUUCAUCUCCCCUCCCUUCCAACUUCUCUUCUUUCCUUCAUUGAAAAUACAUAUUUGGAUACUCACUAGAAUCCAGGCUCUUCUAGACGCUGGGACAGAGAGGCCGCAGACCCAGCCAGUAGCCUUUUUGUAAGCCUCCCUAAAUUCUUGGAAGCUGCAGCUCCUUUCAGUGUAGUGACCCUCACCGAGACCUGAAAUCCUCACCAGGGACACUCAUCUCCACCCACAGUAGGAGAAAUCAUAAACUGCCCGGAGUCCUGGGGCCUGAGCAAUCAGGUUACAUGGGCAUACAUACAAGGAAUUGUAAACACACAUGCUAACCAUUUCACAGGAGAGAACUGAGAUCCCGAGAGGUGACAAGGUUUGCUCAAGGGGACCACGUAGCAUAAACUAGUAUCAAAACCAGGGGAGGCAUCUCCUGUCCUCCUGACCAGGCAUCUCUCUACAAGAGCCCCUGCACUCCUGAUGGAGGCAGAGUUCUAGAAUAUAGAGGAGGUAGAGGAGGAGAAAAACGUAAUGGAGACUGGUCUUUCAUAAACCCCACCUCAGGGAAGAGGACUCUUUCCCUUUCUGUCACUCAGAUGGACCACUCUGUGAAGAGUUCCCAACCAAAGGAAAGUUAAGAAGAUGUCUGAUGAUGCCAGGGAGGGGCUGAUCUUCCAAGAGCUAAGGUUUAAGGUCUUUUUCCCUCUGAGGUCUGUACUUCAACCAGCACCUACCAGCUGACACUCGCUUACAAAUCAAAAAUGCAACUUCAUUAAUAAUUAAAGACCAUGAUUGCCACCAA